AUGUUGCGACAACUAGCAGCGCGGCUGCCCCUCGGUAACCGGGCCGCCUCCAGUGGAAGCAGCACCAUUCUGCGCCGCGCCACCGGCCUCUCCCUACCAAAGCGCUCCAUGGCGACCGUUUCCGUAGAGGGCAUCCCCAAGGAACCCACCGACCUCGACCACAUCACCACCCUCCCCAACGGCCUGCGCGUCGCCUCCGAGGCCCUCCCGGGCUCCUUUGCCGGCGUGGGCGUGUACGUCGAAGGCGGCUCGCGCUUCGAGGACUCGUCGCUGCGCGGCGUCUCGCACAUCAUGGACCGUUUAGCGUUUAAAUCCACGUCGGCCCGGUCCGCCGACGACAUGCUGGAGCGCGUCGAGGCGCUCGGCGGCAACUUCCAGUGCGCGAGCUCCCGCGAGAGCAUGAUGUACCAGGCGGCGACGUUCAACAAUGCGAUCCCGCAGACGGUGGAGCUGCUGGCCGAAACGAUCCGCGACCCGCGCCUGACGGACGAGGAGGUCGCCGAGCAGAUUGAGACGGCGCGGUACGAGAUUGCCGAGAUCUGGAGCAAGCCGGAGCUCAUCCUGCCGGAGCUGGUGCACACGGCGGCGUACAAGGACAACACGCUCGGCAACCCGCUGCUGUGCCCCGAGGAGAGGCUGGGCGAGAUUGGGAGGGACACGGUGCUGAGAUACAGAGAGCGCUUCUACCGACCGGAACGGAUGGUGCUGGCCUUUGCGGGCGUCGAGCACAACAGCGCCGUGGACCUGGCCAAGCAGUUCUUCGGAGACAUGUCGACGACAUCCGUAUCGUCCCGCCGGGGCUCCGAGUCCAGCGUCGCCACAUCCUCCUCCUCGUCCUCCCCCUCUUCUGCGAGCACCAGCAGCGCCGCCGCCGCCUCCUUUUCCACAUCCGCCUCGCGCGCCCACGCCACGCCCACAUCCUCUUCCUCCCUCGUGUACCCGCCGUCGCAGUACACCGGCGGCUUCCUGACGCUCCCGCCGCAGCCGCCGUCGCUGCACAAGACAAACUUUACGCACAUCCACCUCGCGUUCGAGGGUCUACCCGUCGCGUCCGACGACAUUUACGCGCUGGCCACGCUGCAGACGCUCCUCGGCGGCGGCGGGUCCUUCUCCGCCGGCGGGCCCGGCAAGGGCAUGUACUCGCGGCUCUACACCAACGUGCUCAACCAGCACGGCUGGGUCGAGUCGUGCGUCGCCUUCAACCACAGCUACACCGACUCGGGCCUCUUUGGCAUCUCGGCCUCGUGCCUGCCCGGGCACACCUCGGCCAUGCUCGACGUCAUGUGCCAGGAGCUGCGCGCCCUCACCCUCGACGGCGGCUUCUCGAAGCUCGGCGCCGUCGAGGUCGCCCGCGCCAAGAACCAGCUGCGCUCCAGCCUGCUCAUGAACCUCGAGUCGCGCAUGGUCGAGCUCGAGGACCUCGGCCGCAGCGUCCAGGUCCACGGGAAAAAGGUCCCCGUCCGCGAAAUGUGCGCCAAGAUUGAGGCGCUGACCGUGCAGGACCUGCGCAGGGUCGCGAGCAUGGUCGUCGGCGGCAAGGUCAAGAAUGGAGGCGGGGGCAGCGGUGCGCCGACGGUGGUGCUGCAGGAGGCACAGGCCUACGGGCUCACGAGCCACACCAUGACGUGGGACCAGAUCCAGGACCGCAUCGACGGGUGGAAGCUCGGACGGAAGCAGUAA